AUGCCCGAAGGCUAGCCUGCGGACUGCGUCCUCUGCUUCGACGGGGGCUGAAGGGGUAAGCAGGGAGGGUCCGAGAGCAGCAGGAAGGGGGAGUGUGGGCGGGAGCGAGGUUUCAGCUUCGGAGUCCUGAAAGACAACAGCGAGGGAAAAGGCAGCUCCAAAACUGAUGCUGAGUCAGAGACAGGUGGAUCCGCGGCCUUUUGUCUCUGGAGCCUCCAGCCUGGAAAAAUGGAGGAGCUGGAACACACCUGCCCCCAGCCUCGCACGACACUCACAGAGCCUGCUAUAUUCGCCAGGGAGACGAGCUGCGAGUGUCGAGCACCCCACGAGAAACUGACUGUUCAACAGGCCCGGCUCGGGACUCCUGUGGACAGGCCCGUGCGUGUCUAUGCAGAUGGAAUCUUUGACCUUUUCCAUUCUGGCCAUGCCCGGGCUCUGAUGCAGGCCAAGAACCUCUUCCCCAAUUCGUACCUAAUAGUUGGAGUUUGCAGUGAUGAGCUCACCCACAAAUAUAAGGGCUUCACUGUGAUGACGGAAGAAGAACGGUAUGAAGCUUUGAGGCACUGUCGUUAUGUGGAUGAAGUGGUGCGAGAUGCACCGUGGACGCUUACUCAGGAGUUUCUGGAGAAACACAAGAUUGACUUUGUGGCACAUGACGAUAUCCCAUACUCCUCAGCAGGAUCUGAGGAUGUGUACAAGCAUAUUAAGGAGGCAGGUAUGUUUGUGCCUACUCAAAGGACAGAGGGCAUUUCAACGUCUGACCUGAUCACCCGUAUAGUGAGGGACUAUGACGUCUACGCCAGGCGCAACCUGCAGAGAGGAUACACAGCCAAGGAGCUGAAUGUCAGCUACAUCAAUGAGAAGAAGUACCGCCUGCAGAACCAGGUGGACCGGAUGAAGGAGAAGGUGCGGACAGUUGAGGAGAAGUCCAAGCACUUUGUAUACAGAGUAGAGGAGAAGAGCCAUGAUCUCAUUCAGAAAUGGGAGGAGAAGUCCCGCGAGUUCAUCGGGAACUUCCUGGAGCUCUUUGGUCCUGAUGGGACGUGGAAGCAGAUGUUUCAGGAGAGGAGUGGCCGUAUGAUCCAGGCUUUCUCCCCCGGUGGCUCGCCCAGCAGCAGUCCACCUAGAGACUUCUCUCCGUCCCGCUCACCCUCGCCCCCGUCCCGCUGGGCUGUCCCGAGAACUUCCCCACCCUCGUCCCCAAAAGGUGCCUCCGCCUCCAUCAGCAGCAUGAGCGAGGGUGAUGAAGAUGAGAAGUGAAGCCUGAGCUGUCACACACACACACACACACACACACCUGACCUGCACACACCGGCAGCAACGACAAGUUCACACAAGUAUCCUCAUGGGAGUAAUGUAUAUACAUACUGUAAGCAAUACAGGAUGGACUGUGUCCUGUUAAGCUGUUUCUGAUGUUAUAGAGUACGAAUGAAAGCCAUUGCAAACCUCUUCUCCUUACAAACAGCAGAUUUAAAGGGAAAUUACGCUGAUUAUUUAAAACUUCUGCAUAAUUAUCUUCUAAAGAUGUGAACAGAAACCGUGGUUUAAUGUUAAAUGGUUAACUGUACAGAAACUGAUCGGAUCAGAUUUCUUCACGGUGAUGAUGGGAACCAGACGUUCAGAUUAACGCCUUCCAAUAGGGACAAUUUUUGGUGAUGAUUAAUUGCCAUAGAAUUAAUUGCAGCUAACAAUUCAGUUUUUAAAAGUUAUUAAAUUGUGUUAAAGUACAAGCCUGAAAUGGCCAGUUAACAUUGCAUAUAAAAGUCGUUGCAUUUUUCUACACUUAUUUUAUCAGCUCCACUAACCAUAUAGGAGCACUUUCUAGCUCUGCAAUUACAGACUUAUCUUUAAUGGUCAAGACCCCCACAGAACCACCACAGAGCAGGUAUUAUUUGUUGGUGGAUCAUUCU